UAUAGCAGUUUUCUCCUGUACAAAACCACAAAUGGCAAGAAUGGAAGCUCAAACUUCUCCCUCCCCUCCUUUUUCUGCGGAAGGUUUGGGGCCUUGUCAACUAUCAUACUGCCAUUCAUUUGACAAUUUUUAUCAGUGGUGGGUUUUCUGGAGCACAUGCGGCAAUGACGGAGGACGCUGCGGGAAGCCUCAUCAUCUCUCAGCCACUGCUGACGGUGCCGUGAUUAAGGACCAGAUCAAAUGGUUUCUACAACUUGCUUUGGAAGCAAUAGCGUGGUGCCGGUGUCUAGUUCAGUUUUGGGGUUUAGUGAAGAUUGGCGACAAAACCUAUUUGACAACUUGUGACCAGCCUUUUGCUCUCAAAUGCUACCGCUUCAGUGAUCUAGACGUCAAGGAACUAUGUGAAUAUCGGAAGCACUGUUUGGAGUACUUAAUACCCGUCGAUGAAGAUGACCAAGUGCAGCUUAUAAUUGGUCCCCCUGGUCGGGUUUUCCGCAGUGGGUUGCCUGAAUAUGCACCUCGUGUGGAUGAUUACACUAUUGGAGAGUAUCCUCAACGUCAUUAUGCGGUCGGCCGUGUCAUGGGAUACUGGGCGUUGCCAAUCUACCAUCCUACUUGGCACCUUCCCAGUGGUGUACUUGAAAUUGUAUCACCACAUUUUUGGGGCAAACCGUGUCGACGUUGGGUUCUGGAGACGCUUCAGGAGAUAAAUCUGACAAUUACAAGUGUAAGACUCGCGGAAGCAAGUUCAUGUCAAGAUGGAGAAAUUGUUAAAAUUGAAGAAGCAUUGAGCAAGCCGAGGAAAAUAUGUGGAGUGGCUUAUGAAGUUGCUAAAACUUGGACUAUUUCUGGAGAAAUACUAAGUUCUCAUGGUGGCUUAGAUUUUAUUCGGAAGGGAAAAGGGGUAGUUGGGAGAGCAUUCUCAUCCAAAAGUGCAUGCUUUUGUAGGGAUAUAAGACAAUUAAGCAUAACAGAGUACCCGUUGGUAGUCCAGGCACGAUGCGUGAAGUACUCUGUCUGUUUCGCAGUUUGUUUGCAGAGCUCUUGCUCGAACAAUUGCAUUUAUGUACUGGAGUUCUUUCUACCUACGUAUGAAGAAGAUGAAGAUGAAGUUGAAGCAGACUAUGGGGAUCCUAGGACAUUGUUGAACAGCCUAAUGGAGACAUUGAAAGAACGCCUCGGAAGUUCUUUUAAGAUCGCUUCGGGACAAGAAUUGGGGCAGAAAUUGAUUGUUGAGGUUAUAAAGGUCUCUCCAGUGGAUGAGUUUGAUUCUUUUGAAAUCUGCAGUACUACUGGUAUCGGAGGAGAAGGAAUGACAAAACUACAAAUGGCUUCUUUUUCUGCGGAAGGUUUGGGGCCUCGUGAACUAUCAUACUCCCAUUCAAUUAACGAUUGUUAUCAGCGGUGGGUUUUCUGGAGCACAUGCGGCAAUGACGAAGGACGCUGCGGGAAGCCUCAUCAUCUCUCAGCCACUGCUGACGGUGCCGUGAUUAAGGACCAGAUCAUACGUCUUCUAGAACUUGUUUCGGAAACGUGUAGUUAUUGGAAGUGUCUAGUUCAGUUUUGGGGUUUAGUGAAGAUUAGGGACAAAACGUAUUUGGCAACUUGUGACCAGCCUUUUGCUCUCCAAUACGUCUAUGUGAAUAUAGGAAGUGUCUACUUGCGUGAUCGAGCCGUUGAGAAACUAUGUGAAUAUAGGAAGCACUGUUUGAAGUACUUAAUACCCGUCGAUGAAGAUGAUGAUGAUGAUAAGAUUGGUCCCCCUGGUCGAGUGUUCCGCAGUGGGGUGCCUGAAUAUGCAUGGAAUGUGGGUGAUUACACUAUUAGAGAGUAUCCUCAACGUGAUUAUGCGGUCGGCCGUGUCAGGGAUUACUGGGCUUUGCCAAUCUAUCAUCAUCCCACUCGGCACCUUCCCAUUGGCGUACUGGAAAUUGUAUCACCACGUAAUUAUAUACCUCCACGGUGGGUUCCGAAGAAGCUUCAGGUCAAGAUGGAGAAAUUGCUAAAAUUGAAGAAGCAUGGAGCAAGCUGAGGAAAAUAUGUGGACUGGGUUAUGGUGAUACUAAAAUUUGGACUACUUUCGGAGAAAUACUAAGUUCUCAUGAUCAUGCUGGCGUAGAUUUUAUUCGGAAGGGACAAGGGGUAGUUGGGAGAGCAUUCUCAUCCAAAAGUGCAUGCUUUUGUAGGGAUGUCAGAGAAUUAAAAAUAACAGAGUACCCAUUGGUAGUCCAGGCACGAUCCCAUAAGCAUUCUGCCUGUUUUGCAGUUUGUUUGCAGAGCUCUUGCUCGGACAAUUGCAUUUACGUACUGGAGUUCCGUUUACCUACGAAUGAAAAAGACUCCUUUGGGGAUCUUAGGACAUUGUUGAACAGCAUAAGGGAGACAUUGAAAGAAAGCCUCGGAAGUUCUUUUAAGAUCGCUUCAGGACAAGAAUUGGGGCAGAAAUUGACUGUUGAGGUUAUAAAGGUCUCUCCAGAGGAUGAAUUUGAUUCUUUUGAAAUCUGCAGUACUACCGGUAUCGAAUCUACACCUGAAAGAGGUGGUGCUAGUAUGGAACAGAGUGGCAAUGAAGUGAAUAAUGUAAAAACGCAAAAGCCAAUUUGUACUUUAAGAAGUGAACUUGGAAUUACUCGUGAGGUUCUUGAACAAAAUUCUUCGAGGAAUCUUGAGGAUGCUGCAAAAGCAUUUGGAGUUAGUCGAUCUACAUUGAAGCGUAUAUGUAGGGAGUACGGUAUCAACAGAUGGCCACCUCAUAAAGCAAGAAAGGUUAAUCAAGCCUUUGUUGAACAAAGAGUUGUUCAGCCUUCUACUGAAAAUACUAAAGAACAACACCGGCCAGACACAACAAGGCUAGGAGAUGAUAGUAGCAUCUGGGUGAAAGCAGAAUAUCAAGGGUAUACCAUGAAGUUUAGACUUCCAUUGUCAGCCCAUAAACUCAAUUUGGAGGAGAAAGUUGAACAACGAUUGAAUCUACCGAUUGGAAGUUUUAAAAUUGAGUAUCAGGAUGAAGAGAAUGAAUGGAUUUGGAUAGCCUGUGAUGAGGAUUUAAAUACCUGUAUGAGCACAUUAAGCUCACUCGGUAGGACAACAAUCAAAAUGUUGGUCAGGUGAUCGCAUAUUUAUAAGCAUUUGUAUAAUUAAUCUAUUUUUAAGCCUAUGGUGCUCUAGUCUGCUGUAGCUUCCAAAUACCUGUUUAGAUUCAUUGACUAGACAAAUAUGGUAGAUGAAGAAGAUGCUUUUAUCUCCCACACUUCAAUGAUCCCAGUGCGCUGUGUCCAGUCCAUUAUAUA